UUAUCUCUCUAUAUUUUCUUCUCUCUCACAGACAUUAAUAAAAUAUAGACAAAACAGAAUGUGUCAACUAAAUCGUGUCAGAAAUGAAGUUACAAUACCUUUACUCCCAAAAAUAUCUCAUCAGGAGAAACUGCAUGUACUUCCAAAUUACACUACUCCCCUUUCCCUCUUCGCAAAUGAAGCAAUCUUAAUAGCAAGAAUCUCUCUCCCACUGGUCUUCACAGGUCUCCUCCUUUACUUUCGCUCUUUCGUCUCUCUAUUUUUCCUCGGCGGCCUCGGUGACCACACACUCGCCGGCGGCUCCCUAGCCCUCGCAUUCGCCAACAUAACCGGUUACUCUUUCUUCUCCGGUUUAACCAUGGGAGUUGAAUCAAUCUGCUCCCAAGCCUUCGGCGCAAAACGUUAUAACCUCGUCAUGGCUACGAUCAAGCGAGGAAUCGCUCUCCUCCUCUUCACAUCUCUCCCAGUUUUCCUUCUCUGGAUCAACAUCGACAAGGUCUUGAAAAAGUUGAAACAGGACGAGGAGCUUGUGUCCGAAGCUCACACCUUCCUGCUUUACUCUGUCCCUGAUCUCAUCGCUCAAUCUUUCUUACACCCAUUAAGAGUUUAUCUCAGGACACAGUCAAAGACUCUUCCUCUAUCAAUCUGCACGGCGGUCGCGAGUGUUCUCCACUUUCCCAUCACGUUCCUACUCGUGUCCUAUCUCGGUUUGGGUAUUAAAGGUAUCGCCUUAAGUGGGGUUGUCUCAAACAUCAACCUUGUCGUCUUUCUCUUCAUCUAUAUCGCUUUCUUGGAAGACAAGCUAAGUAAAGAUGAGGAAGGUGAGGUUUCAGAGGAGUCGUGUGGAGAUAGUGUGAGAGAAUGGAAGAAACUUCUCGGUCUGGCCAUACCGAGUUGUGUAUCGGUUUGUCUCGAGUGGUGGUGCUAUGAGAUCAUGAUCGUGCUUUGUGGGUUACUUGUAAACCCUAAAGCAACCAUUGCUUCAAUGGGAAUUCUCAUUCAAAUAACUUCUCUUGUUUACAUUUUCCCUAACUCGUUGAGCUUUGGAGUCUCCACUCGUGUGGGAAACGAGCUGGGUUCGAACCAGCCACAGAGAGCGAGAAGAGCAGCCAUUGUUGGGCUCGGUCUCAGUAUCGCUCUAGGGUUUACGGCUUUCGCGUUCACCGUGUCAGUCAGAAACAUGUGGGCUAGGCUUUUCACUGAUGAUGAGGAAAUCAUUAAGUUAACUUUGAUGGUUCUACCAAUUGUUGGCCUUUGCGAGCUUGGAAACUGCCCUCAGACGACCGGGUGCGGCGUUCUAAGAGGGUCAGCGAGGCCGAGGAUCGGAGCCAACAUUAACAUGGCGGCGUUUUAUGUGGUUGGGAUGCCAAUGGGAAUGGUUAUGACGUUUUGGUUUGGGUUUGGAUUCAAGGGACUUUGGCUUGGAAUGCUCGCGGCGCAGAUAGUGUGUGUGAGUGGUAUGAUGGUGGCGACGUGUAGGACUAAUUGGGAGUUGGAGGCGGCAAGGGCUAGGGAGCUCACAGCGGUGGAUGGUGGAAGAGGCGGCGACGACAAAGACGUGGAGGUUGGGAAGGUUGAUUAUUAGGGAGGAAUGAGUCAAGUGAGGUCUUUAGGAGUGAUAGAAAGCCUGCUUUGUUUCAUGACUUUUUUUAGGAUUAGUUGAUAAUUUUUUUUUCUUUAACUGGAAAGAUAAACAUCUGUUAUUUGCUCUGGCUACAUUCGAUUAACAUAAUACGAAAUAGAGAUUCGUAUCCACUAAUAACAGUAAAAUAAUUUGUAGGAAUAUCCCCUUUUUAAGCAUUCAAAGGGCACUGUCUCUACAAAACAACCAAAGUAAACUCACUUAAGACACUUGAAAAGGUUUCAUGUAUUCGAUAAACAAUAAUUUCGAAAGAUUCAUUUGGUAUAUAUCAUUUGAUAUAAGAAAAAAUGGAGCUAAGCGAAGUAAAACGAGAAUUUUUAAAAAGAAAUGGGGCACGUGAAUUUUAGUAUAACGACUUUAUAACUUCAAAUUGUGUUUACUGUUUUCGUUUACUCUAUGUGAUCUGGUAUUAACUACAUCUAUCUAAAUUUAUUUGAUUUUUGUGAUCAAAAUGGUUGAUUACUUUCUAAAUAAUUUUCCAGUCUAAAACAAAAUCCAGUCUAUUCAAAAAUUUAAUUCUAAUUUGACUGCCUAAAUUUGAUUAAAUCAUUUAUUACAAAUGGAUCUGAGUUCGAUGCUCAACUUUGAUCCGAACUAUCAAAAUUUUCAUUCUGGUUUGAAUCCUCGAUUUGUGUUGUAAAUUUGUAAUGAUCUUAAUUCCUACACCCGAAUUUACCCCGCACUAACUUUUAUUGUGUAUUCAAUUCUCUCUGACAUGGUAACGUUAAUGCAUUGUUUCAUGCGUCUUUUGAUUUAGUUAAACAAAAAAUGUACAUUUCAAAACUAAUCCUCCAGUUUGGAGCCAAUUUUACAAAAUAAUAUAUAGUCAAUUCAGUUUUCAUGUAAGUCUUAAUUUAUUAAAUCAAACGUACACUGUGACGUCAACAAAAGUGCUCAAACUGAACGUGGAUAAAGAACCUUCGAAGUGAACUAUGUCAACAAAUAUGCUAAAAAAGUGAACAUAGUUUAUUAAUAAAAUGUUACAAAAAAAGAGUUUAUUAUUAUUAAUUUUUUUAAUCUAUGUAUAUAUAAUCCAGGAAGGAAUGAUGCACCAUCUUGUCUCAACGUGGCAGCUUACGAGGAAUGGGAAAGAUUUGGUUAGGAAACACAAUGCCAAGAAUCACUCACUAUUUGAGUAAUUAAGUACGACUCCAAUAUUUGUAAUUAGUUUCCUAAUUAAUUGAUUAGCGAUAAGGGGUGCGUACUUCUCCUAAUGAAGAGCCAUUUUUUUGCUCCGUUAGAUUCAGUGUUUUUAAAACCGGACCCGAAGAUAAACCAGAAAUUUUUUUAGGUCACGGUUCAAUAUAGUUUAAACGGAUCAAACAUGGUUCAAUAAUCUAGUUUAAUAUACUUUUAGCAUAUAAAUUAAAAAGUAAUGUUAGUAAAUAUGAUACAUAAUUAAAAUAUAAAUAACUUUUAAACAUAAAACAUUAUAAAUAUAAAUUAGUUUUAUGUUCAUAUAGAUGAUUUAUAGAUUUUUGAUAGUUUUAAUAAUUUAAUAACUUUAAAAUUCAAUCCGAUUACAUGAUCGGUUCAUGGUUGAACCAAUUAUUAGAUCCAACUCGGUUAUAUACCUGGUUCAUGGUUGAAUCCAGUCUAACCAUUGGAUCGGUCUAGUUUUAAAAACACUGGUCAGAUUGCUAUUUUAUUACUCGCUCCCUUCGUUAUUAUACACAAAUUUGCACAUAAAUUAAGAAAAAUGAUGCAAUUUCUAUUUUAACCUUCUCAAUUACUGUUUAGUGUUAAAAUUGAAUUUGUAUCAUUAUCAAUUGUAAAGAUAAAAAAGUCAUAUUUUAUCAUUAUUUGCUUGGAAUUCUGUAAAUGUCAAAUAAAUUGAUACCAAAAACUUUUAAACGUUAAAUAUUACCGAAAAUAUUACAAAAUAGAAGAAGUAUUGAAAGUUGGCUCGUGUUCACAGAAUAUUUAACAUUAAUGCACGUCAGCUAAAUCAUUAUGGAAACUAAUAUUCCCUCUAUUUCAAUUUAAUUGUCGUUGUAAAGUAAAAUUUUUGUUUCAAAAUUAAUGUCAUUUAUAAUUUUAAUGCAAAAUUUAUGAGGAAUAUUUUACUGUUUAUUUUUUAGUUAGUUGAAAUAUGGUUAGGUGUAUAGGUAAUAGUGUUUUUAUUUUGUAAUUAUGAAAAAUAAAUAUUUUCUUAAUCUAUGUGCAUAAACUUAAAACGACAACUAAAAUGAAACGAAGUAAGCAUUCUCUAAAUAAAAAUGAAUACAACAUCCGCUUCAAAAUAAAUCAAGUUUUAGAAUUUUUUACAUAUAAUAAUAAAUUAUAUUAUAUCCGUUUUAAAAUGUUAUUGUUUUAAAACAUUUACGCAUAUAAAAAAACAUCUUAAAUUUUGAUUAUAAAUAUAUUAUUUUGUGAUUAAUUAUUUACCAUAGUUUUAGCCAAUCACAAUACAACAAUCGCAAUUAUUUGUUUGAAGUUUACAAUUUAUAAUUAUUACUUAAUAAAGAUGCAAUGAAAAUUUGAAAUAUAUAUAUAUUUUUCUAAAACAGAUUUUUUUUCGAAAAGAGGGAGUAUUUAGUUUCAGUUAUAAAUACUUAUUAUUUUGUGAUUAUAUAUUUCUAAUAAUUCUAAACCAAUAAGAAUUUAAUAAAUAUAGUGAUUUUUUUUAAGUUUGCAAUUAAUCAUAUUAUUAUGACUAGCGACCGUCCACUGAAAUUCUGGACAUAAUCCGUUGGGGAGACCACCAAAGACAUCUAUGGGAGCUGGUGAUUACCGCAUGUUAUUCCAUCAGUGAUCACACUAGCUUGGACAUGGACUUCUCUGCAUUAGGUCCAAAGGUCCCUCAAGAUAAUCACCACAAAAGAGUUAUUAUUUUUUGAGAACUUAUUUCUUAAAUAUUUAUUUUUCAAAUUUGUAAGAAAUUAAAGCAUCUAGCUUCUCUAAGAAAGUUUUUAAGAGUAUUCAUACAUUAUACAUAGCAUAGACACCUUCUAAACUAUUUGAUGGUGCCAGCAAUAAUUUAAAGUGUAAGAGAUAAUUAAAAACUGAUGACUACAUUAAUUAUUAUACGACCAUGAGUAUAAACUAAUAAAAUAGCAAUGUAAUCACAUGCAUUUGUACCUUAUAGUGACCAAAUUCAGGAGAUUCUGUCUCGUCCACCUGCGAUUAUGAAACACACCCAAAAUAAUUAGUUAACUAGCCGAAGCCAAAAAAAAUAAAAUUUAAUUAAUCAAGAAUUCAAAUAACAUAUUGACUAUAGAGCGGCCUCAAAAGGUCAGGCCAAAUUUUAUAGUAUUAGGUAUUUAAUAUUUGCGUAGUCUUGGAGCAAUGGAGGCGACAAGGUAAACUAGAGCAUGGUGCAUGGAAAACUACGCGACCCAGAGUACACGAAUACUCUAAAUUAGUAGUAAAACAAUGAAUUGUCUUCUGAAAAUUAUUUGUUGUGCAAUUGGUAACAUAGUAUGUACGUAAUAUAACUCAUGAUGACAAGACUGAAAGUCUACGAGGAACGCCUAAGAUUAUAAAACAAUUUUUCUUAUUAUUUUAGAAAUUUCUUAAAACUAAAUUUUUUAAUGUUUCUCUUUUAGAUUUUAUGGAACACCAAACACUUUUCCAUUAAAUCUAUAUUUAUAGUGAAAGAGAAUUCGCUAACACAAACAUAAUCUAAAUAAUAAAAAAAAAUUAUUAUUAUUUUAAAUUUUCUUUUCGUGUAUUUGACUUAUUAAACACUUAUUAAUAAGUUAACUUGAUCUGCAAGUCUUGAAAUUAUCCAACAAAAUUUCUCGAAAAAAUUCUUAGUUUUACACAAUGGUAAACAAAUACCCGGAUGAAAAACUAGUAAUAAAGUGUAAUUUUUGGAUUUAGCAGUUUUUCAUUCUAAAACGCGUUUUGAAUAUAUUCAUUCUAAAAAGUUAAAAGAAAUGUCGUCAAUGAUUGCGUAUGGUUCUUCAUCCACAUGGAAUUAUUUUAAUAUUUUUACUCAUGUCCUUUUUCGGAUACAAACACAACAUCCAAAAUAAAAAUACUAUAACAAGGUCAAGUCAGCUUAGUUGCUGUUGAUGUAAAACAUUUAAACUUUUCUAAGUAAAAAAGAACCUAGCCCGUAAAACAUACGGAUUCAAAAAGAGCUCAAUAGCCGGAUAUAUGAUGUUAAGAAAAGCUACACGAUUUGCCCCUUUACAGAUAUUAGGUCAAUGGAGUAUUAAGCUCACCAAUAUACGAUUGCAAACGAUCGCAACCAUCGAUAUAAUUUAACCAACUUUGGAGCAGUAUUGAACAAACUUGAAAAUCCUUGAUGAUGAAAGAGUAACGAGUGUGUUGAGAGCAAAACAAAAUGUCUGAGUGACCCUAAAUGCAUGACUGAGUAAUAUAUACAUGGGGUUGUGAUGAUUAUUUGCUAACUUGAGGAUGAAAUGAAUUUUGUGACUAGUGGUACGAGGUCCAUUUGAUGCAAAUUGUCUUAAUUAGAUCUACUUUUGAGGCUUUUGCUUUUGAUGAAGGGGUGUUACUGAAAAGACGCGUGCUAGUUGUAUAAUAUUGUAAUCCCAAUAUAAAAGAAAUCUUAUUUUGAUCUUCUAAAUGAUCAUAUCACCAUUUGUAUUCUAAUCAAAUACAGAACCAUAAAUGCAUAUAAUAUACACAAUUCCUUGGACUACGCACGUUUCCUCGUAUACCAUCACUCCGUUUACUAAUAUUAAAGAGCCUAUAAGCUUCAUAUCCCUCGUUAGAUUUCUCGAAUUAUUGAAGUCAAAGCUUAAAUAAUCAUAAUGCCCAAUAGCAUUUAACUCAAUGAAGAAUAAUUUAUUAAACGCAGAGUUGAGAAGAUAGAAAGUGGUGCGGUGGGCUUGAAGGAGACAUGACAGCGGAACAAAGAAAAAGGCUUUUGCUGUUCUUGCCAUCGCUUAGUCUUUUGGUUAGCUUCAACAGUCGCUAUUAAUUCUAAUUUAGUUCACGUCCUACCGAAAUGCCCAAGAGCCGUACCUACAUACGCAUACGAUGAUAUUUGUACACGUGUAGAAUCUUAUAUAUUAAUGUUCAUUUUUUUAACAACUCUUAUAAAUUAAUGUUAAUGUGUCAUGAUUCUUGAUUCAUUUGGAGAGACAUAUUCCUUGUAAUUAAGCCCAAAUGAUUAAUGUAUAGUCUUAUAUAGAAGUGUUAUUAACCAAUAGCUGAAGUCUACUAUGCAAAUUCUCGAUAUUUUAUAGAAUUGGGUUUCUAACAAUUGAUUGUCACAAUCUGAUAAAGACAUUGCAAGUUACAGGGUCUAUAAGAUGCAUCUUCAUAUUACUUCGAUAUUUUACAGUGACCCUUAAUUGUGUUGCUAUUGUGAUGAAGACAUUUCAAGUUAAAGGGCCAUGUCACUAGUUUUACAAUUUUUAAUUUGUUUCCCAACUUAUUUUUUUGUGCAAAAUUUGUUUCCCAACUUAGAAUUUAAAAGUAUUAAUAUUUUUCAAAGGACGUAUGAAUCACGUACUGUGCAUGCGGUGACCCAAUGCCACAUGCAUUUGAAUUUUUUGUUUGGACGUUAAAACAUGUUUGACAUCUUCAAAUAUAGGUAAAUUAUUGAAGUUAUUAACUAGUCUUUGCAUAUAUAUAAUGAAGGUAACAUUGCAAGUGUUUGUUAAAUUCAUAUAUAGAGCCAAUUCGUACCAAAAAAAAUAAUACUCCCUCCGUUUUUAAUUAUAAAUAGUUUUACUUAAAAGCACAAAUAUUUAGAAAAUUGUUAUUUAAAAAAAUAUAUCAUUUAAUCAAUUAAUUCAACCAAUUAUAAAAAGCUUAACAUUAUUUUAUUGGUCACACAAUAUCUAAUAAAUAAAAAAUGUGCAUUGAAAUAUGUAAAUUACUUAUAUUGUGAAAGAAACUCUUUUUCCUAAAACUACAUACAUUUAGAAACAGAGUGAGUAUAUAUUUCUUGAGUGGAUAACCAAGUGGUGGUAGUCUAUUGGUAAUUUCUUGAGGUUUGGUGUGUGUCCACAUCACUCAUGGAUACGAUUUCUCCAGGAAACUAAAUUAUCACUACAUGGCUAGAAUGGACUUGGUCUACGGUCCAAAUGAUUUACAUGGUAGAUCAUAAUAGACGAUCGGUUCACCCCAAAGUAGUAAUGUCAGUCAAAGUUUAAAGAUUCUCUAGUUUUUUUCCCCGAUAGUACAUAAUGAUAUGCAAGAAGACGAAGAGAGUAACAAUGAAGAUGAGAGCAAAGAGAAAUAUAAAAAAGGGAAAAAGAGAGUUUAUGGCACUGGUAGGCCUCGAACCGGAAUUAAAGAUGUUGUUUUAUAGAAUAUAGCGAAAGAAAUUCUUUAGAGAGAGAUAGACUGUUCAUUUUCUCGGCUAUCGCUUGUCCAGUAAUUUACUACUCAUUAUUCAAAAUUAACGAUAUAUUUGAAAGAGUAGUUGUUAUAAAAUGUAGUGAUGCUUGUUUUGUUUUGUUUUAUCGACAGAAACUUAUUGAUUUUAGGGUGAAUUUGUAGAAUGAACAUAUUGAGAAAAAUAUUAAGCAAGUGACCAUGUAAUAAAAUAAGGUGUUUGAUGUGAUAAGAUAGAGAUAAAGAGAAAAUUAUUCUAUUGGGACAAAUGGAAUAGUAUAUUAUAAUUAUUAACAAAACAUUGUUUUGAAUAUACAUUAAAUCAUGUGUACUAUUCUAUUUUAAUAUGAUUAAGAUAUAAUAUAGUAUAACUUUCCAUCCAACAGUUUUUAAAAAUUAGUUUUUAAAAAAUUUCAAGUUAUAACGUGUGUAUAAAAAUCAGUAUGUUUUAUAAAGAUAAUUAUUUAGUUGAAUUAUAUAU